AGGAUAGGUAGAUAUAUGAAGUGUUUGGGGACUCAUGGAAUGGAGAUAUCAAACAGAGGGGAGGUAGAUGUAUCAAGUGUUUGGAGACUCAUGGAAUUAAGACCUUGCAAAUAGUGGCUACAAGGACAUCAAAUAGCUCUACCGUUAGAAACCAAUGGAUAUAUCAGAGUGGAUUGCUACGGGGGGCCUCAACCAAAUGUGAAGAGAUGUGAAUGGUUGAAGACACCUCUUGAAUUUUAACUUCAAACCCUAGGUUGAUGUUCGAUAAUCUUUUGCUUGUUUCUUGAGAUUGAUAUAUAAAAUCUGCCGUGAUUGCACUUCUGUGACGGUGUGGAAAUCGCUCGGCUGCCAAAUAGAAUGCUUGUCCUACCAAAAUUUGAGGUGGCUUCAUAUUGGAAUGAAUCAAGUGGUUUUGCAGAUAUAGACUACUUCAUUCCACGAAUGGAUGGCUUUGUCAAAGUCAUCAAAACGUUACCACCAUGAGAUUGCAACUAAAGAACCUGCUCAAAUGGACAGUUGCAAAAGGAAAGGCCAAUUUGAUUAUGUUGAAAGCGUUCUCCCAUCUCUUUCAAAACACAAAUACAUUUCAGUCACAUUAGCAAUGUCCCGAAGAAGGAACAGUCACACAUACAUCAAUGGAAUCGAUCACAGAAGGAGUGAACAACAUCAAUAUCUCUGCUUCUAUUAAGAAUAAUCGUAUUCACGUCUCCACCAGCAAAAAACCCAUCUUCUUCUUCGUUAAUCUGGCCAAGAGGUAUAUGCAGCAGUAUAAUGAGGUUGAGCUUUCAGCACUAGGAUCGGCUAUUGCCUCAGUGGUUUCUGUUGCAGAAAUUUUGAAACAAAACGGACUUGCUGUGGAAAAGAAAAUCAGAACAUCAUCAGUUAUCCUAAAAGAUAAUUCCAGAGCUAGACCUCUGCAAAAGGCCAGGAUUGAAAUAUUACUCGAGAAGACUUCAAACUUCGACGAGUUGAUGGCUGUGGAAGCUGCUGAAAAUGGUGAAAAGGCAGCAGCUAAAAAUGGUGAAAAGGCAGAUAAGGAAAAUGGUCAAAAGGCAGCAGCUGAAAAUGGUGAGAAGGGAGAUAAGGGAAAUGGUGAAAAGGGAGAUAAGGAAAAUGGUGAAAAGGAAGCAGCUGAAAAUGGUGAAAAGGGAGAUAAGGAAAAUGGUGAAAAGGCAGCAGCUGAAAAUGGUGAAAAGGAAGAGAUAAAGAAGAGCACACUGCAUGAAGUUUCACCCAUAUCGCCCGGUUCGGGUUAAGUUAUGUCCUCUUGAAUAAAUUGUUUGAAUGUUGUUAGUAGAUAGCAGACAGAAAUAUUAUGUGUUAGACUGAUAUGUUACCAAUAAGUUACAAGGCUAAGCUCUUAUCAUCGCGUUAAAUCCUCAUUCGUAAAUUUUACGAAUUUUGAGGUAGCAAGUAAUAGUCCUGGGUAUGAAUAUAUGAUAUUCAACCUGUCUGUAACAUUGUUCACAACAUUAUAUGUUGAACUAAAAUCUAAACAUUAUGAUCUUGAUCUAACGAUCACCGAUA